AUCGUCAUUUAUAUCAGAACCAGUGUGAGGGUGACUUGGUGUCCUCCAUAUUUGCGUUUUGAUAUACUAUCAAAAAUCUGAUCUUUGGAGAAGGAUUUUUUCCAGGUCGAUUUUCCACGUUUAGUUUCACGCGUCGCGUUGAGCAGUUAGUGAACUUGAGUUUUCUUUUUCGCUCGGAUAAUCGCUCGAGAAUCGGAAGUGAAUUCUGUUCGCAAGGAUUUUCGACGGGUGAGGCAGUUGCAUCUCGGAUAACUCCACACAAAUGGGAAAACUUUGAGACGAAAAGUGUGUCGUGUGUGAGUGUGCUCGCGAGUGAGUGUGUUCAGGGUGGAAAAUCAUCCCUUAAAACAUCCCCGGAGAAAAAAAACGUGGAUAGUCGAUUCCCUAGAGGUUUCUGACCAGUUGAGGAAUUCGCUGGAAUUUACGACGGAAGUGGUCCAAGUCUAGUGCGUGUGUCCCCAAAUGGACAGGAUUUUGCCUGAAAAAAACGCGCUUUGCACAUGUGUGAGUGAGUGAUUGUGAAAAGCUACGUCGUCCACGUGUUUGCUUGUGUGCGUGUUUUCCACUAGCAUCGGGAGAGAAAAAAGUUUAUGUUCAGCAAUUUUCAGCCUACAUUUUCGUCACGCCAAACCACCCCGUGGUCACCUUCCAGUUCUUCCGGAAGUUUGGUUUGCGCGUUACGCACGACGGAAGUGAGACGAUAACACAGUGCCGAUUUCCCUCCGUGUCUAGCCACGAUACGUAAAUACACUCGGGGAAUAAAAAAACGCCCGGAAGGAAGAAAUUAGUGGAUUUUGGGUGCCGAAUUUCGUGGAGAAAAGCACGCGGAAAAUCGGGGAUGGUGUUGUGACACAGCGCAGGGGAAAACCGUGAGGGGUGUUGAGUGCGACAAAUACACACUGCUAUAGAGCAUUAAAAAAGGAUACACAAAAAAAGGAAAAAUCGCGCCUUGGAAUGGGAAAAAGUCGAUGAUUUUCGUUGUUACAUAAAGAAGCAGAUCCAAAUCGCCUAGAAUAAAUUAUUCACCGUAAACCUCAACCCCCCCUCAAACAAAACAAAAAGUGGACCUCGUCGUCGAGCCCUCAAGGAAUCUACCACCAGCAGCAACCAACAAGAUGGGAACCGUGCUGAGCUUUAGUCCGCGGGAGCGUCGUCCCAUCUACUCGACGCACCACCACAGUGCGGGGACGCUUUCGUCCUCGAAUUCGGCGGAUUUUCCGCUGAACAACUACUCCUACGAGCAGCUGAAUAAUGUGAAAAACCGCGAGAACACCAAACCGCCGAACCUGAUACAGCCGGUGCCGAACAACAGCCACACGAACGCGAUCAAUAAUAAUAACAACAAUAACAAUAACAGCCUGAACCUCGGCGGAAAGGACGAUGGCAAGAACAAUACAAACCGGGCGGAGGAAGGAUUCAUCGCCAACAUCAACAGCAUCAACAACAACAUCAACAGCAACAACAACAGCAACAGCAUACAGGAACGCAACCACAACAACAAUAACAACAACAACAACACGGACAAUGCUCGGAUCCUCUCGGAGAAGAAUGCCCUCGAGAAGAACCUCAAGAAGCACUCGUUGUUCAUCAACGCGCUGUCCUGGAAGCGACUGGCGGCGUCCCAUGGCAAGAAAAAGCUGGACAACCAGAAGAACAAAUCAGCGAACCUGUCGUCGGCCACGUUCCGCACGCCGCUGACCGACACGAUCCACCCGAUGGUGGACAAGAACAAGAACCUGCAGCAAUCGCAGUCCUUUACGCAGCCCAUCAGUGGCAACCACCAGCAGCAGCAGCUGCAGCAUGUUCAGAUCGUCAGCGGCCAGCAGGUUCUGCAGGCCCAGCACCAGCAGCACUCGCAGCAGCAACCCCAGCAAACGGUCUACUUUACCCCCGGCGGUCCGAAGGCACUGCUGGCGCUGGACCUGGUCCGGGCCAACAACACGAACCCGCUGUCGCAGCCGGACAAGCUGGCACCGAAGUUGCCGCUGCAGCUGCCACUGCCACUGCAACCGAUCAUCAACCAGCAGCAAGCGCAGCAACACCAGAGCCACCAACUCGUCCAGCAGCUGCACCACGGCCACGGGCCCCGGAAAACCGUCAUUCAGGCCUCGACGUCGGAGCUGCUAAAGUGUCUGGGUAUGUUCCUGCAUGACCGGUGCCGAAAACUGCGAGACUUCCAGGCAGGGGACGCCGUGAUGUGGCUGCGGGCAGUCGACCGGAGUCUGCUACUACAGGGAUGGCAGGACGUUGCCUUCAUCAACCCGGCGAACGUGGUGUUCGUGUACAUGCUGGUCCGGGAGCUGGUCGACGGCGAGGAGACGAAGGAAGCGGAACUGCAGGCGGCGGUGCUGACCUGUCUCUAUCUGUCCUACUCGUACAUGGGCAACGAGAUUAGCUACCCGCUGAAGCCGUUCCUGGUGGAGGACUCCAAGGACAAGUUCUGGGACAGAUGCUUGCUCAUCGUGAACCGGCUGUCGUCCAACAUGCUGCGAAUCAACGCCGAGCCGGGCUUCUUCACCGAGAUCUUCACCGAGCUGAAGGCCUGCGGCAUGAACUCGGCCAGUUCGAACCCCAACGGAAAUCUGCCGUGCGGUGCGGCUUGACGCAGCAACUCGGCUAGCAACAACAACAACAACAACAACAACGGAACCAGCACCAGCCGCCAUCCCCGCGAGGUCGUCGUCCGGCUGUCGAUCGCCGGCCAGCAGCAAAAGUACCAGCACCAGACCACCCUCCAGGAGCUGACGAGCGUGGUCUGAGCGGGAGGAUUGCGUUUUCGGGAGGACGACAACCACUACCUUCACCGCGGAACCUCUUCUACGAAUACUGCAACCAACCAUCACCCUUCUUAGUUCAGAGCUCACCACCAGUCAACGACCAUUCGGCUCCACGGGGUUAUCUUCGGAGGGUAGCCUUGGUUUGGUCGGUCGUUGUCAACCCCUUAGAUCCUAGAUACGCCACUGCUGAGGUUCAGUGGGUAGUUUUAGGGUACAAAAGGCACACCCUUAGUACACGCAUGGAACAAAGUUCAUGUGCAUUUCCCCGAUUCUCCAGAAAGCUUAGGAAAACCCAUAAAUUCAUUGAUUUAACAAUUUUGCAUGCUUACAGAAUUAAUUUGAUCGAGUUCAUGUUUGUUUGAAAUAAUCUAGUAGUAAUUUUUUAACGAAACAAUAAUUUGUAAAAUGUAUUGCUAAAUUACAUAGUUUUCUGUAAUUUAGAAGGCGGGAAGUGUUGAUGUUCCACUUUUUUCAUGGGAUAAGGGAAAUUCUCCACUACGUCUCUCUUGGAGUUGGAUGACUUGGAAACGAAACAAGCAAAAGAAAAUCUCUCCCGAACUUUUCGAAAAAAAUCAAUCAGCAGAUGAUUUUUUUUUGUGAUUCAUAUUAUAAACACCACCUAAAUCGCUUUGUUUACAAACAUUGUUCAUCUACGAACAGUGACAGGUCAUUUUUAGACGUAUGACGUAUGAAAUCGAUGUUCCGCCGAAUAAUCCCGGUAAUGAUCUUUUCAGUUUCCUUUUACCGAUUUUUCGUAAGCGAGAGAGGAUAGCCAAGUUCACAUUCGAUUUUUUCGCUUGAUGAGCGUCGAAAGAAUUUCUUUUGAUGAUUAUUCUUCCAUUGUUGAUCGUAGGGUUUCUUUAAAUUCCGCAAAAAAAAAUAUUUAUUUGAUUAAUUAAACAGAAAUUGAAUUGCGUCAGAAAAACUGAAAUUAAUAAGCUGUUUUAUCGGAUGUAAAACAAAGAAGUAAUUUAUUCGAAAAUUUAAGAAUUGCGCUGCACAGAAAACAGCAAAAUUAAUUUCUAGAAAAUUCCAUCAAGCUGAAAAAAUAAUUGUGAAAAGGGGAAAUGAAAACUCUGAAUGGGUUGACAUAAUUCACAAAAAAAAAAUAACAAAAAAACAAACACAUUUUCCUCAUACCGUAGCGAAAAGAAGAGCGACGAGAAAAUUACAAAAAAAAAUCUCCUCCCAAAAACCCGACCGUACUAUAAAAAGAUGGCGGCGCGCCAGGAAAAAAAAAACAAGCCGGAAAUAAAACUAGUCUCCAGCGCUGGUAAUAUCCAGUUCUGUAUAGCGAGUAAGUGAAUGUUAAUGUUUGAUUUUAGUGGUUAAUGAAAAACGGGUGCUACCCGGAAGAAUGGAGUCAGAUGAAGCAAAAAAGGCAAAGAUGUUAAAUUGAAAUUACUGUUGCAAAACGCAUUAAAUUCAAUUUAUAAGCUGAGCAGAGAAAUUCGUUGUGCAAUGGUUGAAAAUGUGGUAUAGUUACGCUAAGUUCGGUUAUCAGAGAAUUUGUUUCAAGUCGAAUAAAUUACGCAGUUAUGAUCUCAAAACUAUCAUUUACAUUCCGUUAGGUAAUAUUUGAUACAUAUCAGGAAUGUACGAAACUAAAUACGUAAUAGAAAAAUACAAACAGCUUUUAGUUUCCCCUCAAAUUUCAAUCAAAGGCAAACAAUUUAAAUUAGGUUAACUAAAAUAUUCAAAGUUUGAUUACUUGUAAAUAAAGCUAAAUUUUUAUCUGUCGACAAUGCUACUUAACGCCACAGUCUCAUACCGUAGAAUAGUCCAUCUUCAGACACGCAAUUCCAUCCAGCAAAUUUAGUUAAUAGAUUUUAUCACGAAAAAAAAACGCUCACUGUUUUCACUAGUUUUAACAUGUAUCGUAUAACUGUAACCAUUAAACAAAUGCAUCAAUGCAGCUCUUUUUAAAGAUUUCUAUUAUUAAACAAAAAUAUUCUGUAAAUAUCAUUCCACUCGUGUUAAAACACUAUAAUUACCGUACUUACUUUUGCUGUGAAAAAUCUUUUCCAGAUCCUUGGUUUGAUGAAAGUCAGAGGUUUGAAAAGGCUAGAACAGUCACACUCGUGAGAAAAAGAAGAUUUUCAACCGUUCACUCGAUUUGGCCGGAAUAUGUGCAAUUUUUCAAACAUUAGAAAAGCAAAAAAAACCUAAACUCAAACCCAACUGUUCUUUGUUGGGAAGGAAAAAGUUUACCGCUAAUCAAGAAUUAUUCGAAUAGUUAUAGAAAGAGACAGUUUUGUGAGAGUGAUUGAGUGCUAUACUUAAUAGCGCAAGUCGACGGUAACAUUUCAAAAGACAUCAUGUACAUUAUGACACUUUCUGGGUUAUUGCAUAUUCUGAAAGUACUCCUAAUAAGCUACCUCUCCACCAAAAAUGAGCAAAAGUUACUUCAGUAAAGUCUGUUUAAUCAUGAUUUUAAAUAAAGUAAUAUAAAAAAAAUCUCUGCCAUCAGCAGUCUUUGUUUAUAUAGCCCUGUCAACCUGUCAAACAAAAGACUACAUGAACCUCGUGACGGAAAAAAAGCAACAUGAACAAAGCGCCAUGUACAAUCGGCGAAGAAAACCGAAUCAUAACAAAGCGUCCCCCUCAACGCCAGCAGGGUGAUAUAAACGUUGGUGAUUUCAAAAGAAGUUAUGUUUGUUUUUCUCAAAUAAAAUUACGGAAAUAAUGUUUUAUUGAAUUUGGAUGAUCAAGUAUCAAUAAAAGCAACGUUUUUCAUCGUUUGUUGUCAUUAGAACACCUUAUUUUGCUUUUAUAUUAAAAUGGGAAUUGAAAAUGGAUGCUCAACAUUCAAAUGCGUUUUUCUCAAAACGCAUAGUUUGUACAUGAUGCUUUUUGAAAUGUUGGCGUCGAAGUGAGUGUUCAAUAAAAUCAUAUUACUUAGAAACAGAGUUUGAACAUUUUACCCACUAACGUUUAAUUUCUCUAUUGUCUUUUGAAAUGUUCUGACACGAUUUCUUUGUUCGUCCAAAAGUAAAAAUCUUCCAUAGAUUUCUAUAAUUUGUUUCAGCUAAAAUCUGGUUUUUAAAAGACAAACUUUAAAAAAAAUCUCUACUUAUCUUGACAAAACGGAAAAUAUAAACACGCAAAUUAACGGCAACUAUUUGAAGGAAACUGAAAGAUGAUUGAGACACAAAAUAGAAAGAAAACUAGCAGAGAAUUUGUAGUAGUGUGAUGAAUUAAGAAAAUGAAUAAAGGUUAGAUCAAUGUUCCCUGAAAAAAGCCUCUUUCAGGGACAGGAAGAAGAAACCGAAGGAGAUUCGAAUAGUUCUUUUUGUGCAAUCUAAGCAAAGUAGUGGAAAACAGACAAAAAAAAACUAAAACCCAACAAGGUAAUCAACUGAAAGAAGACAAAACACACACAACACAACUAAAAGAUAAUUACUAGAAGACAAAAAAACAUAAGCGAUGCAAAAAAACACAAACUCACCCAAAAGAAAAAAAAAAACUGUUGAAUGUUGAUUAAAAGACAAAGUAACUGAAAUAAACAUAAUAAGAGUUAUUAACAAAUUGGAUUGCCCGUUGAGAAUCGGAGUACGAAAAUGCUGGACCUAAGCGUGAUCGCAAAGAGUUUCAAUAAUUGGUAAAUAAGAAGAAAAAAAUGGAGUAAGAAUCCCAAAACAGAACAAAAAAAUCGAGCAUAAUUUUACAAAGAGCUACAGUUCUUUGGCGAAUGCCACAGACCAAUAAGAGAAUUAAACUAGAAUCGAAAGUUGUUGAAAAAGAAAAUAAAAAUUUAAUAGAAGCGAUAUUAAACGUUUGCUAGAGAGAAAACAAAAACAAACAAACAUAACAAAACAACCCGAAUUGGCAUUUUUGAAGAGCUCCAGCUGUAAAAGCCGUUAAAACGAUGUUCUCAACUUGGAUCAGAUAACACAAACCCGUUCCACACACUCACACAAAUACAAUUCUUACAUCCAACAUUUAGUAAAUUUGAUUGCCAAAAAUAUACUACAAUUCCCGAUUUGUAAGUAGUAAGAGGAAAUCAUCCAGUGGAACAACCCGAUAGUAUCUACUUCUUCAAAACAACAAAAGAAAAGCAUUGUGCUGACGAAUAGAAGAGAAAAAAAAACAAAACUACAGAUCCAACCACUCAGUCGAAUAUUUAUUGUUAGUCGAAAAAGAACCAGACAAACUGGCAAAAACAAUGCAGUAAGUGAACGAGAAAAUCAACAAGCAAGAGAACGUAAAAAAAAUGCAACACUGUGACACAGGCUAAUGAGGAUAUGAGAAAGAA